AUGAUUCAUUAUAGUCCACGGUACAGUGAUGAUACACAUGAGUAUAGACACGUUAUGUUACCCAAAAAUAUGCUAAAGGUGAUACCUCAGGAUUACUUUAAUAACGAAACUGGUACUUUGAGGAUCUUGCUAGAAGAUGAAUGGAGAGGAUUGGGAAUAACUCAGAGUUUGGGUUGGGUCCAUUACGAAACACACUCUCCAGAACCGCAUAUCUUGUUGAGCACGCUAACGACAAGCAAGGGAAGCCGUUAUUACAAUCAAGGCGAAUAUGAUAUGACUACGACCCAGCAUUUGAGUUCAGAAGAGCUUUUGCAAUUUUUGUCCGAUAUUGAGAAAAAUAUCAAUGAUGAAGAAACAGACUUUAAGAAAUUGAUUCUUUAUCUAUUGCAGUUCUUGAACAUUAAACUUGCCGCAAUAACUUGUAAAGAGCAUAAGGAAAAACUCGAGAUUGUUGCUAAACUAGUCGAUACGGUUGAAUUGGUGCUAAGCAAUAAAUUAUACUUGCUCAACGCGCCAUUACUGUAUCAUGAGUACAAAUUGAUUCAUAUACCACCUAAUAAUGCCUCGGACUUGCUCUGCGUGAAGGAGUUUUUGCUUUUUGAAUGGAUGAUUUCUUUUAUCGUAUACCAUGUUGCAAACAUGAGUCAAGAGGGAUUAAUUCUCAAUCGUCUUAAAGAGUUGAUGUUUCAAAUUAUCAAUUUGGUCUCGACAAAAUUGCACAGUUUCAAGUUUGUCAAAUUGAUGCGGGAAAUAUUAUUUACCAGGCUAGAGAAUGGUGUGUCUUAUUGCUUUGAGAAUACAAUGAGUCAUUUGAAACCUGAGUUUUUCCAAACUUUGAUAUCUACAUGUCAUUUAUUUUGUGUGGUCAACGAUUACGAUAUCGCCAAUAAACUAUCAUUAAAUUCAGGUAAUUAUCAAUUGAAACUUGAAAGCUUUGGCAGAAAAAUCUGGUUUAUUCUCAGCCAGGUGCAGAUGCAGAUCUCAGAAGAUGACACCCUGGGACAAAUGUUGGUUUAUUUAAAAUCCUUAAUUUUACUAAACCAACUAGAUAAUAUCGCAUUGAACUACCUGACAAACUGGAGUCAAAUCGGACUUUUACUAAAUAGAACGGCUGAGGUGAUAAACCAAGCGUUAGAGCCAUCAGAUUGUUUUAUUCAUUCAGACCUUUUCCAAACCACGUCAAUGGUUCUACUCAAGAGUUUUAUCUUCUGCAGGAGUAAACAGUUGAUUCAAAAUUUUGUGGCAAACUUGAAUCUCCUUAAUUUGAUUGAAAGAGUUGCUAACCAAUCUGCAUUCCCGGAGCCAUUACGCAAUACUUUAUACUGCAUAACUUUGCAAAUUGCCAAUAUGAGUAAAGAGUUUGAAAAUAGCAUUAAGCAUUUGAAAUUGCAAUUGCAAUUGCAAGCUAAAAAGAGAUUUUCAUACAAGGAUCCAGAACUAGAUGAUCUCAUGUUCAAAUUGUACAAGGAGGAUACCGAAUUGAACGACACCAAGGCUUUGAGGUUUGUAAUUAGGGAAGAUUUAGAAUAUCAUGAAAUAAACGAUCUUGACGACAAGGUCAAUUACGUGGAAUGGAUCCAGCACGUACGAAUGUUAACUAAGAAAUACCCUGAAGAGCUAGAAGUGGAUAUCACUAUGCAUACUUUGAUGACAGCCUUGAGUAAAUUUCCCAUGCUAAGUUUAACACCUAAUCACGCCGCUGUUGUUACAACUGCUGCAGCUGCAGAUACAGGUGCAGAUGCAAGUGCAAGGUCGUGCUUGAAUUGUUCUUUUGUUGAUGCAGCUACGUUGGUGGACCAUGACUUGUUUGGUUCAAUUGAUAGACAUCGACCAGUAGUUAAAAGCACUACUGAAUCAUUAAUAUUAGACGAAGUGAUUAGAGAUUUCUUCUUUGCUAGAAUAGAAAGCUUAAAGAAUAACCCGAUUUUAGCUUGCAAUUUCUUGAUUAUGCUUUUCAACUAUUAUGCUGUUUAUACCCCCGAGUUCAACGAAGGAAGCAAAAAAAACCUUGCAGUAUUGCUUGACCUACUAGCGAGACAUCCAAAUCGAAGUCUCAGAAUGUUGGUGACGCGUAUCUUGCCUUUAUAUCUCAUUCGUGACUGUGGUGAAGUGAUGCUCGAUGAGAUCUUCAAGUUUAUUUUUCAAAGAGUUGCACUGAUUGAUUUUGCGUCAAAAGGAAGGCGCCAUUUUGGAGAGUCUACUAUAACCUCAUUGAUUUUACUAGCUCAUGUAUGUACUGGAGAAAGAUUGUGUGCCAUUUAUUUCAAAUUGAUCAACUGGCUAGGAGAACCAAAUGAUCAACAUCAAAACUACGUAUACUGUGGUUUCUUAGAUAUUGCUCAAGCCAAGAAUUUGUCGCCGUACAAACUACUAUCGCCAUAUUUUCCUAGUAUCGCAGACAUAAUCAUCAAAAAGCCUUUAUUAUUGGGAAGGUUCCUUCAAACAUUGGGAAUGACCAAAGUUUAUUUUUUAAACAGGACAAAGGACUACACUGUACCUAAAUUGUUAGAGUACCAUAAGGACCCAACGCUUCUUAAACAAAUAGCAGAAGCUUCCAAUAUGUCGAUUCAAAAACUACUUGCUCAUAACUUGCCAAGAAUUCUUGCUUCUUAUUUAGUCAGAGACCCAUCCAAUGAAAGAUAUGUGGUAAAAGUGUUGAGCAGCGUUUGUCCUCAUUAUAAACAAGUAUCCAGUGAUGAGAUAUUUACUCGUAUUGGUGACAUUACCUGGCAUAUCUUAUUGGACAUACAAGCGGACGAGUCUGGUAAUAUCAAAAAUUUGAAAAAUGUCAUUGCAGCAUUGGAGAUUGUAGCGAAGAACGCCCUUAGUGAAAAAAAGCAAAAUGCAAAUAAGGGGAAACUUGCAAGUUUAUUAAUUGAAGAGCAGAUGUUGUUACUAGUUCAAAAAUUUAGCGAUGUGACACAUUUACUAAGAGGUGCUAAGCCCUACUUGGAAAGAAGAAAAUCGUUUCAGGCAGUAUUGUAUUUGAUAAGAAAUCACUCAGAUGCCUUGCCCUCGGCUUUGGGUCAGCUUUCCACAUGCUUACAAGCUACUUUGGAAGAACCGGACUUGCACGUGUUGACGUUAAAGUGUUGGAGCGAAUUGGUACGAAGAUUACCGCUGACGCAUUUAAUAUCUUUAAUUGAUAUUAUCAUUUCGUUGAUUUUUCGAAAAUUUCAAGGUUUCGACCAAGAUGCUCAAAACAUUGCUAUUGAAAUCUUGCAGAGGAUUUACACCGAGAUUAAAGACAAGUAUAAUCGCUACUCGUUGUACUAUUUGUCGCUUCCCUUUUUGGAUUACAUGUCCGAUUUCACUUUUAUCAAAGAAUUUCGAAACAUGAAAUCACCUUCUCGUCUUACCAUAUUUCAAGAGUUUAAUAGACGGCUUUGUACCAGUAAUCGAUACGUUGUGGAACAAGCUUUGUUUGACCUUUUCAAUUAUUGUCAAAAAUAUCAAGAAAAUUGUCAGAGGGAGUACUUCAAGGAUACUGCUUUGAGCUCAGCAAUAACCACUUUGGUCAGGACAAUUUUUGACACAGCUACCCAUUUCAGAAAUAAAAACCCUAGAAUAUCUUCCGAGUGCGCUAAAGUACUUGCUGUGAUAGGUGCACUAGACGCCAAUAAGUUUCAAUUCAACACUGUCCAGCGUCUGAUAAUUGUGCAACAAAAUUUUGAAAGUGAAGGCGAAAAUGUUUUGUUUUUAGUAGAUUUGAUUGAAAAUUAUGUCUUGAAGCUAUUUUGGGCUUCCACUGAUCCACAUAAACAACUAUUCUCGGCGUAUGCUAUGCAAAGCUUUCUUUCUAUUAUGAAUUUGAAUGAAAGUUGUACGAGAAAGGAAAACGAAGUGUGGAAUAGAUUUGGUGAUGUUGCCAAAGCGACAUUGACUCCCCUUUUGAGUUCCAAAUAUGCGGCGCUGAAGCCAAAACCAAGCACUUUGAAGUUCCCAUUAUUUGACGCUGGGAUGCGGUACGAUACUUGGCUAGCCGAAUUGACUUCUUACUUGUUGAAAAGAGGAUGUCAUUAUGAAAAGAAUGAGAUUCCCAAUGCGCGACAAAAGAUAUUUCAGACUUGUGCCAUUUUGAUACAUAAAGAUCAAGAUAUAGCUUUAUGUCAACAUUUGCUUAAAUAUGUUGUUUUGAGCCACAUAUUAUCGCCAAAUCAAGAAGUUGAGAAAGAAGUUUUGGUUGAAUUUUCAAGCAUUAUGCAAAGCAACUUGAUUUUUGCGUCGGAAGAUAAGAAGGUGCAACUAAGGUUGUGUUUUCAGACUAUUUUCUCCGUAUUUGACUACCUCAACGAAUGGCUAUCAUCAACUAGACAUCACGUGAGCUACCAGGUAUCACUGGAUGCCAAAGACUCGGAUAUUUGGCUUGGCAAAAUAGCAAUUGUGGAGCGGUUCAUCAAUAGUUUCAACAAAGGACAUAUAGCGGUCAAUUCAGUUGCAUGCGAUUCGUACGAGCGUACAAUAAUGUAUAUUGAAAAGUGUUAUCGUGAUAAUGAGAUCAGUAGUAGCACCUCCUUCAAAUUGGGGGAUCUAGAUGCAGCUCGUACUUUGCAAAACAUGUAUGCUAAUCUCAAUGAUUACGACACGUUGAACGGGGUUUUGAAGAUCUUUUCUUCAAACAAUUUGAGGGACAAACUAGCAUCAUUUGAAUACAGCGAUAACUCGAGCUUGGCGUAUGAGUCUUUUAAGGCUUUGGGCUUUGAUGAUGAAAAAUUUGGGGUUGACUAUAAUACCAAGUUUUUAAGGGCUUUGAGUGGACGUGGUGUUUACGACGAGGUGCUUACUACUUUGUUAGAGAAGACUGAGGAUAGGGAAGUGCAUCAAAUACCACUAGACUGGUCUCUAGUAGGGUUGCAGUCGGCUGUCUACUCUGGAAAUAUGAACAAGAUAAAGAAUUGGUUGGAAGUUACAGAUUCAACAGGAAGACCAUUAGACACGGAAAGUCUGGUCAACUAUGAGUUGGCAAAAUGUUUGCUCUUUUUAUCAGCAAAAGACAGAAAGGGAUUUGAAGAAUCAGUAAAGAAAAUUUACAAUUCAGUGGGCACAUCCAUUGUUUCAUCGGUUUCAUCGAGCUUUAGUAAGAAUGUUCAGCUUAUGAAUAAACUACAUACUAUUUAUGAUAUUGAGGAGAUUCUUCAAACCCAAGGAUCAAGUGAUAUCUGGAAGAUCAGGUUGACCAAUGUAGAUCAAGACUUUGAUACUCAAAUGAAGAUUUUGAACACGCACAUUGUUGCCAAUGAGAUCCUUGGGCUUAAUGAUGCUGUGUCGGAGAUGUUAUUACACGCCUCAAAGUUGGCGCGAGAAAGUGGCAGAUUAGACAUGUCUACAAAGGCAAUUGUUCGAGCAAUGGCUUUGAAUAAUCCUUUUGCAAAUGUUGAGUAUGCAAAACUACUUUGGACUGAGGGUAAACAAUCAGAAGCGAUCAAGUCUAUUUCGGAGACGUUGAGUAGCAGCAGCAGCAGCAGCAGCAGCAGUAAUGGUAGUAGUAGUGGCCAAUUGAUUGAUGAAAAAACUAAAGCAAAAGUACAACUUCAGUAUGCCAAUUGGUUAGACGAAUCAAAUCAUGUAUCGGCACAUCAGAUCAUAAACGAGUAUACAAAAGCGUUUGAGUUGGACAUGGAGUAUGAAAAGUCUUGUUAUGAUAUUGGUAAAUACUACAACAAGUUAAAAGACUCGUCAUGUGAUAAUUCAGGGUUGUAUGAACACCUAACAAUUCGGAAUUUUUUAAGGGCCAUUUCAAUUGGAACCCUGUACAUUUUUGAAGCAUUACCCAAAUUAAUUACUGUUUGGCUCGAUUUUGCUAAAAAACCCGGCAAGACCAAAACAGCAGAGAAAAUGCUUCUUCAAAUAAUUGGAGACCUUAAAACUAGUCUCAAAAAUAUACCCACUUAUGCAUGGUACACUGCAAUUACUCAAAUAUUAUCAAGAAUAGUACAUGAUCACGAACCUUCGUUCAAAAUUUUGGCAACGAUAAUCACAAAUAUUGUGAAGGACUAUCCCAAACACAGUUUGUGGUAUGUGCUUUCUCAUGUUCAUUCCACUGAUCAAAAACGUAAGCAAAGAGUAGAAACCAUUUUGGAAGUUGUGAAGAAAUCAAAAAAAUCGUCGCAUGGUAAGUUGAUAUUGGGAGCUCUGGACUUAUUUUCGAAAUUUAUUGAUAUCGCUUCGAAGACGGUGCCCAAGUCUUCCAAGACCAAAAAAUUGUCACUAUCCAAAUACUUUGGCAUCACCGAUGCUAGUCGACAGUAUGAUGAGUUGGUCAUACCUGUACAAUCAAAUUUACAAAUCCGAUUACCUCAAAAGGAACUGACAAAUCAUGUGUGUUUCCCCAAAAGUGCUUCAGUUACAUUUGAUGGCUUUGAUGAUCAGGUGAAUAUCUUUUUUUCGUUACAAAUGCCCAGACAGAUCACAAUCCGAGGGUCUGAUGGUAAACCGUACCGAUUGAUGAUCAAGAGUGACGAUACAAGAAAAGACGCAAAAGUUGUUGAGUUUACAACAAUGGUGAAUCGUAUCUUGGCAACAAGUACAGAAGCCAGGAAAAGAAGGCUAAGUGUUGCCAAUUAUUCAGUUAUACCGCUUUCGGAAAAGAUUGGAGUAAUCGAAUUUGUAAUGGAUGUACAAACUAUGAAAAGUAUAAUAGUAGAAGAACGAAGGAGGCUAGGUAAAGUGGUUAACGAACGAAGGAUAUUCAUGGUACUCGAAUCAGCGCAAAAAUUUAUAAAGGAGAAAAAACCCGAUGAAGAUGGGCUGAAACUAGAGGCUUUGACGGAAAUAUUUCAAAGUAUAUUACAGAAAAAUCCACCUAUAUUACACCAAUGGUUUGUAGAUGAAUUUUCUGAUCCUAGUUCAUGGUAUAUUGCAAGGAAUUUGUUUACUAGAUCAUCAGCAGUGAUGUCCAUAGUAGGAUACUUGAUUGGUUUAGGUGAUAGACAUUGUGAGAACAUCUUAUUCUUCAAAAACACAGGAUCCAUUCUCCAUAUUGAUUUUGAUUGUUUAUUCGAAAAAGGGAAAACAUUACCGACUCCUGAAGUUGUACCAUUUAGGUUAACUUCAAAUAUGGUGGAUGCAAUGGGGAUAUGUGGAGUUGAUGGAAGUUUCCGAAAGACGUGUGAAGUAGUUGGCCAAUUGUUACGGAAUAAUGAACAUGCAUUAAUGAACAUCUUGGAAAAUUUAUUAUACGAUCCAUUAUUGGAUUGGAAAAUGACUAAAGAUCCUCAGAGAGAUUUACUGAAGGUAAGGAAAAAAAUUAGGGGUUUGAUCAAUGAAGAAGAAGGUUUGGCCAUGAACAUACAUGGACAAGUCGAUGUGCUCAUACAAGAAGCUACCUCGCUUGAACGGUUGGCUCUGAUGUAUGGAGGUUGGAGUGCAUAUGUAUGA